ACGAGGUUUGACCUCAUUAACACUAACCACUUAUUUGUCAUUCCUAUCUAAUAUUUAAAAUUUGAAGGACUCCCACUCAAUUGUUAAACUUAUUUGUCCUUUUUAAUUCAUUCUCCCGGCAGAUUUCCUUGUUAUCACCAUAGCUUUAAGUUCCAGUGUUAAUUUUGGAACUCAAAUUAAAAAGCAGAAGCGAGGGAAUAGUCCUUUAAUCAACCUAGCUUAUCUUCAUGAUAAAAAAAAUAUCAACUGUAGCUUAUCUAGUCCAAACAUGUGGAUUGGUUUCCUAAGAUACCGAGAAGUGUAACCAAAAUAUGAUUCCCCAGGAAGAAGCACCAGGAAAAUGGCAUUCACUGGGGAAUAUUCCGUUAGAGCACGCAUGAUGCACUUGUGCAAACUGUGGAGCAAAAUAAUUAAUUAAGAUUAAAAUAAAAUAAAAGGAAAAACGAAAAAGAAAGAAAUAAAGAUAAGGAAAAUGAUAAUCGAAGAGAGAAGAAUAUUAGGCCGCAACAAGAAGUUGCAAAACCAAUUCACGUGAAUAGGUUUUCUAGUGGUCCCACUCUUUACAAAUUGCCUCUACAAAUUGAAGAAAUCAUUCUUUUGAUUGGUCUCAAAUAUUUUUUGAGCUUGGUGAGGAUAGUAAUUUAAAACAAGCUUUAAUUUCGUCCAGACCAAAAAUAUUGGCUGCUAGAACCAUGAGCAACACAGAGGAAAAAUACUAGUCAAUUACUGCUCCACAUAUUGGUUACAUUCGGCAAGUUAUUUUUUAUGCUCUUGAUGAUAUUUGUGCAAAGAAAUCUGCUAUGAAACAGAUAAUGAAAAGUGAUCCAGCACUUGCUAGAGCUUGUGGCAGGACAGAUUUGAUCAUAGGAUCAGGAAGAAGAAAUUGCUCAUGCCAGGCAUCGAGAAAGAAAUUCAAAAGAUUCAAGUUGCCACAAGUUUCAGGUGACAGGUCUAGGUUCAGGAAAAGAACAAAAUAUGUAAGAAGAAGGCCGAGCGAUGCAAGAAGAAAUAGAGCCUGUUUUAUUUAUUAUAAAAUAGGAUAUUUUGCGCGUAAUUGCCCUCAGUCUAAAAAAUCCAUGAAUCUUUUUUCUGAAAUUGCAGAUUAUACAAGUGUUCAUUUCAGCGAAGACGAUGAUCUAGAAUCAGUCUUCUCCAUUGAAGAUUCUAAACCACAGGUGAAAGAGGAGAUCAACAGCAUCACAGUGAUCCCACAGGUAGAAAUUAAAGUCUACGCAUCCAAGUGGGACAAACCAACACAUGUGACAGCUUUCUUUGAUAUAGGAGCGGCCUCAUCGCUCAUUAAUCCAGCAGUUUCUCCCGAUGAGUAUUGGGUGCCAUACUUCAAGAAUUCCUCAAAUGGAAUUCUGACCAUAACUGUCAUCACAAAGCACCUGAUCACCAUUGAGUUCUUUCUAGGACUGAAGCACAGGACCAAAUUAAUUGGUUCGGACGUUCCAGGUAAGAACUUAAUUAUUGGUUUUGACAUUUACAGGAUGUUGCAUGAUAAGCUCCAUAUCAGAGCCAAUGGGAUAGAAUUUAAAAAACAAUGCAUGCUUAUUAUGCAUUUCCAAGAUUGUUCCAGCUCACUAAAGAGAAUCAUGUGAGGGAAAUUGGGUUGUAAAUUGCGCAACAGUCUUGCGCAAAAUCCCACACUGAAUUCAUGACCAAAUGCGCCAACCCGUUGUGGAAAAAUGAAGAGUUCUUCAUUAAAUUUCCUUUCAAGAAAAAUGAGAGCAUCAAUCCGAAAAAGGCGAGUCAUUCAGGUAUGAAUCCCGAGCACCUUCUUCUUGCAAAAAAGAAAUUCAAGUGUUACUUCUUGGAAUUUCGUGUCGCUCGCAUUAUGAGCAUGCCAAUGUAAAACUAAAGUGGACAUGAAGCCCUUGUAAGGUUAAGAAGUAUGUUUGAUGAUUCUAAUUAAGAUUCCAAAGGCAUUUGAGGCAAAAUAAGUAAGUUCGUCAGAGAAAGUUAAGGUUGAGCCAUGUUUUGGGAAAUUUCGCAUCCUUUGAGCUAUGCUUUGCCUAGAAUCACCUUUAGGGAGAUAUAUAAGGCUCCUUAGAUAGUUAAUGAAGUUUUAUACAACUAAUAAGAAGGUUCCAUAAGGAUUGGAGAUCAAAUGAAUCGGAAAGAUCGCAUUUUCGCGAAAUCGAGAGAAAGUGAGCAGUGUGCGGUCGCACACUCAAUGUGCUGACCCGCACACUGCACACCAACUUUCCAAAAUGGCUGGCCUUAAUUCCCAAGGAUCUCCCCAGGGUGGAGUGUGCAGCCGCACACUAAGUGUACUAAGCCGCAUACUCUUCGCAAAGUUGGUCGGGGUGUGAUUUGGACAUCUUUUAAAAACCCAAACGACCCCAAACUCAUUUCCGCCUUCUCUCACUUAUUUCCCUACCUUUAUAGAGUCUUCUUUAGAGCUUUUGAAGGUUCCCUAACCCUUCACACCUUUUCAUAUCAUCAAGAGAGAAGAUCAACAUCAAGAGCUUAAGGUAAUCUAAGGAGGGUGAUGGUUUUUGUUUCUAUUCAAAGUUGUGGUGAACUUGAGCUUAGAGGAAGUUGAGUGAGGUGAAGUUCUUUGAUUGUAAGGUAUGUUUUACAUAUUAUUCUUAUGGUUGAGUUGAUGUAAAGGUUUAGUACUCCUUAGAGAGGAAAAGAACUAAAGUAGAGAAACCAUGGAUGGUGUAAUGAAGAAGAUGACUGUGAGUGAACUUAAAAAGGGGAUUUUUGGAUAUCUUGGGAUUUAAUUGAAUAUAACUUCUUGAUUAUGAUAUUAUGGAUGUUGUUAUUGUUGUUUGGGAAUUGUUUUGUCAUUUGGUGGGAGUUGUUUUGGGAAGUGCUGCCCAAUUUUUGUUAGCUCUUAGUUGCUCUAAUUUGAACUUAAACAUGUUUCCUAGACUUAACCUUAGUGUAAUUCCUCUUGAAGGUAGACUUUGUGUGUCACACCCCCAACGAGGAGUAUAACAGGCUCCGACUCGUAGGCCGGAAGUCACCUGACUUAACCUACUUGGACAUUCCAUACCAUAACUCAAAGAACAGCUGCUCACGGAAAAGGGCCAACAUAGAAAUAUUCGAUAAUUCAACACAUAUGUACAUCUGCGGACUGGCAAGGUCGCUACAACAUAAAGUAUAUCGUAAAGCCGAGAAGGCUAUCAGAAAAAUAUCAAGAAGCCAAAACAAGGCCGACAAGGCCAUAUAUAGCAUUUACAUAUCCCACAAUGUCCAUGAGCCUCUAAGAGUAUACAUAUGAACAUAUAUUAUACUAACAGAAAAGUACCCAAAAGAUAGCAAGCCCGGAGUAGUGGCACUUGCUAACACCGCUGAAGCUGGAAAAUCCUACUACGGUUGCUCUUCGAUGAUUCUGAUAGAGCCUGCAGCACGAAAUGCAGCGUCCCGGGCAAUGGGACGUCAGUGCGGAUAAAAGUACUGAGUAUGUAAGGCAGGAGGGUAACAACAUAAUUAAGAUAAAAUGUGACAUUAAUAUAGGCAAAAGAAAACCGAACAUAUGGAAGUAGCACAAAAUACAAUGCAUGAUAAAAUCAUUGGUAUGCUUAUAUAUAUAUAUAU